GACUUUCUCACAUUCAUAAGACACGCGAACAUGCUUCAUUUAACUGCAGUUUAAAGUGCUCCGUCGGGCUUUACGGAAAUAACUUUACAGACUUCAUUGAUCAUGUUGAUGGAGUUUAUUUGACGAAUUCAAUAUAUCAUUGAGUGUUAUAAUCUUCACAAGUAUCACGGAUUUUAUUCUAUUAUCGUAGACAAUACCGGUGUACUUUAAAAAGAUUCAUUUGUCUAGCACAUGAAGGAACCUCGCUCUGAUUUCUCGACGGAUAAUGUGGUUUUUAUGUAUCAUACGACGUUUGGAAAUGCUAUUGUUGUUGUUUGUUUUGUUGUUCGACGAGGUUAAGGCGAUCAAUAAAGAGACGAAAAUAAAUGGAAAAGAUAGUCUUCACGAUGGCCAUAAGAAAUCUACAUACCAUUAUAAUCUUCGUAAAGUUUAUGUACGCAAUGCUAGGAAACUGAAUGCUAGUUGUUUGGAUGGUUCUGAUGCUGCGUUCUACAUCAGUCGCAAUAAGAGAAAUCGUAACUGGAUCAUUCGCCUGCAAGCUGGUGGCAGUUGCGUUCUCUUUUCUGAAUGUUACGAACGGCGAAACACUGCAUUUGGCUCGUCGAAAUAUCUUCCUCAGUUUAUGACUGGAACGUUUUUGACUUCAAAUGAUGCCACAAUCAAUCCAACCUUUCAUAAAUGGAAUAAAGUGUACAUUCCUUAUUGCAGUGGAGAUCUUUUCAUUGGAAGAAAACAAGCUAGUCGUCAUGAUUAUGGUAUGCCCAUGCUUGGUCAUUAUAUUGUGACUAGUAUCGUUAAUCAAUUGAUCCAAGAUUAUAAAAUUAACAACAAACACUCCAAGAUUCUUUUUGGUGGAGCCUCAGCUGGGGGACUGGGAAUGCUCAGUAACGUUGAUUAUGUAGCAAAAAUGGUGAAACCUGCAAAGAUUUUUGGCUACAAUGAUGGUGGAUGGUUUACACUUUAUCGAAAUUUCCUUGAACCCAAAGGAUAUGGUUCUCCGGUGUUCCUCAGCUCAUUGCAUUAUUUAUUUAGAUAUUUAUGGGAUGGUUUUGUGGACGAAUCUUGUCGUGCUGAGAUGCCUCAACCUGCUGCUUGUCUUUAUGGAGAAUUUGUAAUUCGAUAUCUUUCAACUCCGAUAUUUGUUAUGGUAUCAAGAUGGGAUUCUUAUCAACUUAAAGAGCUUAAUAACGACAAAUACAGAGCUGUAAAUUUACCUCCUCGUACCCAUAGUGAAACAGAAUAUCUUGGAGAGUUUGGAAAUAACACCUUUCGCUCAAUAAGAAGACUGAUAAAAAGCAAAAGAUCGGGAGUUUUUUCUCCUGCUUGCGUUUCUCACACAUUUGCUGGCUUCAACCAAACUGAAGCAGAAAUAACGAAAAACUUUAAAAUUGCAGGUGUCACUUCAUAUGGUGCUUUGUCUGAAUGGUAUGUGUCGCGGGGACGGAAAGGGACAUAUGUGGAUGCACCUUCAGAAAGACCGUAUUGUAACCCUACUUGUUGUACAAAAUUCUGCUUACGUUGUAGUAAGCAGACUGUGAUUGUUGUCACUGGGGUAAAACGUAAUGUCACUCCAGUAGAAAAUAGACUUAUUGAGCUCACCGCCACCACUCGUCGUAACCAAGCCUCAAAACAAAGACGAAGUAUGAGCACAUUAUUAAUGAACGUCUUUGUUAUCUUUUCGCUUAUUCAAUGGUAAAUAUGGUGAGUUUUACAUCACUGACAAAAAAACUUUUUAAAACAUGAUAUUUAUAGCUAGUUCAUAGCAUUACCUGUACAUAGUUGAAGCAAUAUUUUUAUUUCAUUAUUCGUAAAUACCAGUUGUAAACUACAAAACAUUUAAUAUUAUAUUAUAUGUAUAUUCUUUGUCCAUUUGCCA